GCCCUGUCUGCCUGUCUUUGGCCUGUGCUCCUCACACCUUAGCACAGUCCAGACCUCCUCUCUCUAAUGACUGGGACACUCUCUCACCUCCUCUUCCACCACUGAGGGCAGAAACCACACAGCUGCGAUGAUGUUACCCUGUUUGAAUUUAGCAGUGAUCCUCUGCCUCCUGCAAGUCCUCUGCAUUACCGCUGACAUAGACAGUGGCUCCUUCCUGAUUUUCAAUGACAACCACAAUAAAUGCGUUAAGGUGGAGAGCGCCACCUCCAUCACGGUUGCCCAGUGCGAUCCACAUGCCAAACAGCAGCAGUUUCGUUGGGCUUCUGAGUCCCGCAUCCUCAGUCUAUCCCAGAAGCUGUGUCUGGCGGCAGCGGAGAUUAAAGACUGGGUGAAAGUCCUCCUCUUUGAGUGUGACGAAACCAGUAACCUUCAGCACUGGGAGUGCAAGAAUGAAACUCUCUUUGGCCUUAAAGGCCAGGACCUACACUUGAACUGGGGCAAUAAAAAGGAAAGGAACAUGAUGAUCUACAAAGGCGCCGGGCUCUGGAGUCGCUGGAGGAUAUUUGGCACGAUGGGAGAUCUUUGUUCAAAAGGGUAUCAAGAGGCUUUCACAAUAGGAGGCAACAGUUUUGGAGGGCCCUGUCAGUUUCCAUUCAAGUUUCAUGACAAGUGGUACGCUGACUGCACGAAGGAUGGUCGGUUGGACGGACAGCUGUGGUGUGCGACAGAGACGGACUACGAGAAAACUAAAAAGUGGGGCUUUUGUCCAAACCAAGUUUCCUUAGACUGGGUCACUGACCCUGUCACCGAAGUCCAGUACCAGAGGAAUACACAGGCAGCUCUGACCUGGCAUCAGGCCAGGAAGAGCUGCCAGCAGCAAGGAGCCGACCUCCUGAGCAUCGUAGAGCUGCACGAGCAGUCGUACAUUUCAGGGCUGACUAACGCUUUUGGAACCUCCCUGUGGAUCGGACUGAACUCCUUGGAUUUUGAGAGUGGAUGGCAGUGGAGCAAUGGAAACCCCUUCAGAUAUUUAAACUGGGCUCCAGGUCACCCGUCAUCAGAUCCUGGACUCACUUGUGCGACCCUGAAUGCUGCAAAAGUCUCAAAAUGGGAGAGCAGCUCCUGCACCAAGAAACUUGGAUACAUUUGCCGAAAAGGAAUCUCCACCAGUCUGCCUCCUCCACCAAGUAAAGGCCAGCCCACCUUCUGCCCCAGUCACUGGGUUCCUUAUUCAGGAAACUGUUAUUACCUGGAGAGAAACCAGAAGAAGAUGUGGAGGGAGGCUGUGUCUGCCUGUCACAGAGAGGGAGGAGACUUGGCCAGCAUUCACAACAUAGAGGAACAGAGCUUCAUCAUAUCUCAGUCUGGAUACUUACCAACGGACGUGCUCUGGAUCGGCUUGAAUGACCGGAGGAACCAGAUGCUGUUCGAAUGGUCCGACAACUCCCACGUCACCUACACCCGGUGGCAGAGUGGUGAACCUUCUCACGCCGCCAACCUUCAGGAAGACUGUGUACUUAUUAGAGGAGAGGAUGGAAAGUGGUCAGAUCACAUGUGUGAAAAGACUCUGGGGUACAUCUGUAAAAAGAAGGCCUCCAUUCUACCACCUGCAGGAGCCCAAGAAGAGGCCAAUCCUGGAUGCAACUCUGGCUCAUUCCGAUUUGGUUCAUACUGCUACACUAUUGGAGCACAGUCAAAAACCUUUAACGAAGCAGCACGGGUCUGCUCAGAAGCUGAUGGUCAUCUGGUGGAUGUGGCUAACAGGUAUGAGAGUGCCUUCCUGGUCAGUUUAGUGGGUUUAAGACCAGAGAAGUAUUUCUGGGUUGGUUUGUCCAACACAGAAGAUAUAAACACUUUUAAGUGGACCACCAAAAGAAAAGUCACAUUCACUAAUUUCAACGUGGGAAUGCCAGACAGACACCAGGGAUGUGUUGCCAUGACAACCGGGCUUCUCGCUGGAUUAUGGGAUGUGGUCAGCUGCAGCGACAAGGCAAAAUACAUCUGCAAGAAAACAGCAGUGGGUGCCCCGGUGACAACAGUUCCACCCACCACAGCAGCCCUGACCUGUGCCUCAGGAUGGACGCCUGCAGGAACAAGGAAUGUGUGCUACAAGAUUUAUAAACAAGAAAAGACUUGGCAUGAAGCUCUCAGCUUCUGCAAGGCCAUUGGUGGAGACCUGAUGAGUAUCCACAGUUCUGCAGAUUUGGAAUUGGCUUCGUUUGGUCUGUCUAAACCAGUUUGGAUUGGCUUCAACUCUUUGGAUACCAGCAAAGGUUUUGUUUGGACUGACGGUUCUGCUAGCAACUAUGAGAACUGGGGCUUCGGAGAGCCGAACAACUACAAUGACAAUGAGCAUUGUGCUGAAGUGCUCAGUUUUUACAGACGGCAUUGGAACGACAAGAACUGUGACGACACCAAUCACUUGAUCUGCCAGAUACAAAAAGGUGUGACUCCAAAACCAGAGCCUGUCACGGUACCAGAAGUAUUUAACACCACAGAAGACGGCUGGAUCAUUUACAACGACACGCAGUAUUUCAUCAACACUGACCUUCUACCAAUGGAAGCUGCCAGAGCCUACUGCAAAAAGAACUUUGGAGAACUUGCAGUAAUUACAGGAGACAGUGAGAGAAAGUUUCUUUGGAAACAGAUAAAGAAAGAAGAUGAAAACCAAUACUACAUUGGCAUGGUGAUAAAUUUGGAUAAAUCAUUCAGCUGGCUUGAUGGUUCACCUGUCACUUACACAUCGUGGGAAAACAAUGAACCCAACUUUGCCAACAAUGAUGAAAACUGUGUCACCAUAUUUAGAAAUACGGGAUACUGGAACGAUAUCAACUGUGGAUACAAACUUCCUUCAAUUUGCAAAAGAAACAGCAAUUUUGUCAACACAACAAUGGCUCCCACCACUGCUCCCAAGGGAAGCUGUGCACCAGAGUGGCUGUCUUUCCAAGGAAAAUGUUACAGAAUUGUGACAAGUGACAAUAAGAAUUGGCAAGAUGCCAGGUCAUACUGUUACAACCAAGGAGGAAAUCUGGUUUCAAUCGUCAGUGCAAAGGACCAAGCUUUCCUGACAACGCAGAUAAUCGGAUACAAUGAAGAUUUUUGGAUUGGCAUGAACGAUAUCAGCUGGGACAUGCGCUUCAUAUGGACAGAUGGCAAAGGAGUUUCAUACACAAACUGGGCCAAAGGUCACCCUUCAUCUACUCCUGAUGGACGUCACUCAUUCUCAGAUGAGGUAUUUGACUGUGUCAUCAUGGUGGGCAGUUCCUCUCGAUUAAAAGGAAUGUGGAAAGUUGAGGACUGCAAUGCACAAAAAGCUUUUAUUUGUAAAAGAAACAUCGAUCCUCAGAUUGUAGUCCCACCCACCACUGUGUUACCAAAGGCUUUCCAGAAGCUCGGUAAUGAUUCCUACAAACUGGUGGCCCAGAAGAUGAGAUGGGACGAAGCAAGGAGGCAGUGCCAAGCAGAUGAUGCCGAUCUGGCCAGUAUCCUAGACCCGGUUGCUCAGUCCUACGUCACAUUACAGAUUUUCAAGCACAAUGAACCUCUGUGGAUUGGUCUCAACAGCAACGUGACAGGUGGUCGUUACAAGUGGGUGGAUAACUGGAUGCUGUCUUACACCCAAUGGGGAACAGAUGAGCCUAAAAACAACUAUGGCUGUGUGUACGUAGAUGUGGAUAUGAAAUGGAAGACAGCACCAUGCACCAACACCUACUACUCCCUUUGCAAGACGUCACAAGACAUUGCUCCUACUGAGCCUCCACAGCUUUCUGGAAACUGUCCAGAGUCAAAGAAGGAAAAAACCUGGAUACCUUUUAGAGGCCACUGUUACUCCUUCCUCAGCUCAAAGGUGGACAACUGGGCUCAUGCAUCAGUUGAAUGCCUGAAACUUGGUGCAACCCUGGUGAGUAUUCAGGACCCAACUGAAGGUCAAUUCAUACAAAAGAACCUAGAGCUCCUGCAAGAUGGUGCCAAGACCUUCUGGAUUGGUCUCUACAAGACACAUGAAGGCGAGUGGAUGUGGAUUGAUAACGGUGUUGUGGAUUAUACCAACUGGAAAGCAGGGAUGCCAAAAUCAGACACAUGUGUGGACAUUAACUCUGAAAGUGGACAGUGGAGCACCAAUAGCUGUAGCAGAUAUAGGUCGUACAUCUGCAAAACACCAAAAGUUGUUACUCCUACAGAAACGCCUCCAGCUGUCGCACACAUCAUCAAAGAAUCUACAAACGGCUCUACUGGAAUCACCGUGGCUCUGGUGCUUAUUAUAAUUGCAGUAGUAGGACUUGCUGCCUUUGUUCUUUUGCGUAAAAAGAUAGUACCCCCUGCUCUGGGAGAAAUCACAUUUGACAACAAGUUAUAUUUUAACAACCCCAUUCGAGCACUGGUGAACACCAAGGGCCUGGUUGCCAACAUUGAGCAAAAUGAAGAAGCAUAGAGAAAGAUGGACUCUGUGGGGAAUCCACAUACUGUAAGGCAACUGUCGGAUCAGAGAUUUGCAGACUUUAUCUGGAGGCUGAAUCUAAACCAACUGCUAUAUUUUGUGCUUUUACAUAUGUGGACUGUCUCAAAGAGAAUGGGUGUAAAUUGAACCAUCGUAAUAAUUCUUGCUAAAAGUGGCACAGGAAGAAAUUUACAAAGAGGAAACUACAGGUAAAUAGUUGAUUACAUAAUCCUAAAUAAAAGUGUGUACAGAGUUUUUACUUGUGUGAUUUUAAAUACUCCAAGAAAAGAAAAUGAGGUGUUUGAACUUUAUCAAAUGAGAUGGUUGAUUUUUUUUACUUCAGUAAGAUGUUUCUGGCCGUCUUCACUUUAAAGAAAUUAACAAAAAUAUAUUUGUAAGAUUCAAGGGUCUUUUAAAAAUAACUACUACGUCAAUAAACUGGAUUGCUAUACAAAA